AUGGCAACCGAAAAUAAUCCUACGCUAUUAAUCGUUCAUGGUGGUUGGUACGUACCCGACAGCUACGAAAAACUUACCAAUGCCCUGCGGGGUGCUGGCUUCGAGGUUCAUAUUCCUCGCCUUCUCUCUAUGAAUAAUGCUCGACCUCCAAAUGCCGACCUCAUCUCGGAUUCGGAUCUCAUCCGCUCUUACGCAACAAGCCUCGUCGAAGCGGGUCGAACAGUUGUGGUUGUGUUACAUAGUUACGGUGGUCAGGGGCUCACCGGAGGGAUUUCUCAUCUGAUCUAUCUUACGGGUUUCGCAUUAGUUCAAGGCAAGAGCAUGGUGGACGUGGUAGCGGAAUUCGGUCACAUGGAUGAUAUGCCCAUCGCCUUUGGAUUUGACGAAGACCGAAGCUGCGUACCAAAUUUUCCAAAAGAGGGAUUAGUUGGCCAACCCUUCGCUGAUCAGCUCGAUCCAAAGGAGCUCAAAACAUACCUGGCUUCCCUGUGUCGUUGGAAUGGGGAGUACAUGCAUCAACCACUCCAGAACACCCCCGCUUGGAGUGACGAUGUCAAGGUUUCCUAUAUCUACACGCGUACUGAUCUGACCAACCCCCUCUACCAACAGAAGAGUUUUGUUGAGUUUAUGGAGAAGGGAGGGAAGCAAAUUGAGACAGUGAAGGUCGACUCCGGCCAUUCUCCAAAUCUAACGGCUACUAAGGAGGUAGAUGCUAUCAUCAAAUUUACAUCCAUGUAA